CCAAUAGAGCAAAUAGAUCAAAGUUGAGUGACAAAAUUCGAGGACUGAGUGAUGAGCAAUAAUCGAUCGUUAGAGUCUCUUCCACCAACACAAACCCUAGAAAUAGAGAACAGCCUCUCUCUCGUCCCUCGCCUGAAACUCCUCCUCACCGUCCACCGCGCCGACCACUCCGUCAAGCCCAUCGACGAGUGGCAGCUCAAGCGAUCCCUCAUCGACUUCCUCAGAACCUCCUUCUCCGUCACCGUCCCCGAAGACGACCUCCAUAUCAACCGCUUCAAGGACCUCAACAAACGCAAGCGCGAAGAGCCCAUCGCGGAUGGCUCUCUCUUCAUUUACGACCUAGGGUUUCUUUCCAAGCGCUCCUCCUACGACGACGGAGACGAUGUCAAGGUUUUGGAGAAGAAGUUAUCGGAUUGGAGGAGAUCGGUGGUUGAGAAGAUGGAUGGGAUCGAGUUGAAUCUUGAAGGGGUUAGGUUUCGGCUCACUGUGGCUGUUCCACCGUCGGAUGAUUUCGAUGGAAUGAGGAAGGAAUGGGAAGAGCUCUCUGCAUUUGGCGGUAGAGGGUAUUCAAGGGAUAGGAAGCAGCAACCAGAUACUGUUGUGUUGAGAGGUGUUCCGUCACGGUGGUUUGCUGAGCCACGAGUUUCAUCCAAACCUUCGAUGCUGGUUACUCAUACAAUUUUUUCCACAUUUGGGAAGAUACGGAAUCUUAAUGUUGCUGAGGAUGAUGAUCUACGCAAGAAUGCGGACGAAGAUAGUGGGGCCAUAGUUUCAGGUCUCCAGUGUAAGAUUGUGGUCCAGUUCGAGAAACACAGUGAUUUUUAUAAUGCCUUGAAGGUUUUAUGUGGCCGAUCAUUGCAAAAGGAUGGAUCGCGUUUCAGGGCUGAUUAUGAGGUGACUUGGGACAAGGAUGGGUAUUUUCGAAAUACUAGAAGUCAUACACAUGAAGAGAGCAGCCGGAUGCCAGCAACAAGUGCUGGAUAUUAUAGAAGUGAAGCUCCCAGACGACGACCUCACAUUUCUCGGUUUAGUCCGGACAAUGAACCGCCAAAGAGGUUCAAGCUGAAUAAAUAGCAAAAGUAAAUGAUACACAUGCAAUGAUAGGAUUCAGCACAUUUGUUGUAAAAAUAGCUCAUUACCUAAUGUUAUUGAUAUUCUUCAAUUUGUUCAGUAAAAUGAAUUUUUUUUAAAAAAAAAAAAAAAAAAAAAAAAAUCAUUUUACUAACUGAAACGAAGUGUUCUUAUAUGCAGCUGCUGCUUGUAUUUGUUUCUUUUGUGCAUCAGUUUGACCAUUGUAUCA